AUGGCCCGGGUCAUGAGAAGAGCCAUGUCGGCUUCGACUCGGCGCGCCCCCACUCGCGUCCUGCAGAGGAGACCUCGCAAACACAAAGUAAUCAUGGAGUCGGUUACUCAAGAGAAGAAAAAACUUCGGAGUGUGAUAUGUUUCGAAGCGCAGGCGCCAAGCGGCUAUACCUUCAUUCCUGCGGGCAACCCGCUUCUCACCACCGCGUGCAAGGAGCGGUGUCGGAAAGAUGGACUCCAGGUCUAUGCAGUCUCGACAACACCUCAUAUGCGCACACAUAACUUGUCUCAACAUGUCCAUAGGAUAGGAUAUCAUUUUCCAAGCACAGUUGUCGCAGCAGCCUGCUCAGAGCUAGGUCUAUAUCUCACCAGCGCUGGGAAAGCAGUACCCUUCCACACGCUUGGCAGUCUGAAAGAGCAACCCCCAGCAAACUCCGAGGUUGACCAAAUCACGAUUAAUACGGAGGCAAGAGAUGCCAUCAGAGACUUGUUUCCUAAUAUCCCAGACAACGAUCUCAAUCAGAUCAUCAAAACUGCGUUUCAAAAGGGUCAACGGAAAGUCGGCACAGCGUCAGAGUUACCUUUGGCUCGCCGAGCACAGUUAGCAGUUGUGGCGCACAUCCGCCAUCUCUACACUGAUUAUGAUCGCCUUUUAAAGCAGAAAUCAUUCCACGAAGCCAGAUCGGAAGUUGAGCAAGUCACCCUGUCCAAAGUUAUCGCAUGGCGUGGGGACGAUGAAAACGGCCAAACCGCCCUUGAGGAUGUCUUCCGCGAGGUCAUCGUCAUAUCAGAUGAUGAAGACAGUGAAACAGAAGAAGAUGGACCGGCAAUCGCAGGCACCAGGGAUCACAGUGUGGAAAUUUUCUCCAGCAAUCCCCGAACCCAUGAGAUUCAAACUCAACCGAUUAGUGCCGUACAUGCCUCGAACCAGGAUCCCUUGCGAGAGCACUCCGAGGAAGCCCCGCCUGGGUUCCGAAUCGUUACCAGGGUACCAGCGCAGAAGGCCAUCAACAGGCGAGGAUUUAACAGAUACCAAGCAUGGAAUCGCGCUCUCAACCGGUAUCGAGCUGAAGCAAAUGGCACUCAGCAGACCCAGAUUGGCAGUACCUCCAGUGAACAACAAAGUCCGCGGUACGGGAAACGUCCUGCUCCUGUUCAUGACAUGCCAGAUCCUCCAAGACGCCGAGAUGUCGCUCCCCAUUCUAUGGAGAUUGCCCCCAAAGUUGUUUUAGGCCCCGUCUAUGUUGAUAAUCCUGGACAGCGAUUGUUUGCUCUCCCACCAACGGAUCACCCGUCUGGAAAGAGCAAUGUAGGUGCUCAAGAGAGACACGCUCAAUUGGAAUCCCAGCGGACAAAUACUCAACAUGGGUCCAGUGGGAGAACAUUGACGCUAACUACACAGAACUCACAUGAACUUCGACAUUUGGAGAAGAAUCCUCAUCCGGUUGGAACUGCCGGUUACCCCCAGGCUAUAUUGCACCCAAAGACGAAUUCCAAUGGUCGGUCGGAGAGAAUCCCCGUACCAUCCAAUAAUGGAGCAGAUGCGCCCAUGUUUGUGGGCGGGCCACAAGAGCCACACCACAAUGGUGAGCACAAAUUCGGACCUCGGACUGAACUCCCUGGUUCCCAUUAUCCCAGGACAGAAGCACCCCGCGAGGAUGAUGCAAUCCCAUCGAUUGAAUUGAUUGAAUCUCCUGGCCUGGCAGAUAAGCGACGGAUAGAUGGCCGCUUAGCGCACCUGACCAACAGGAUGUCGCUUCGUUCUGUAACCCCAGUUCGUUCACAGGGCGAGACCUCCCGGCAUGGCCCUGCUGCGGCUCCAGGCAGCCCGGAUGAUCAGAACUGCAAGAGGAGACGGCUAGCGCACUAUGCUGCUGUCCCUGUAAGUUAUCGUCCCGAUAAUUGGAACACGAGACCCAUUGGAAAUCCGAUCUCGGAAGGGCCAAGAGGUCCGUACCGCCGCGAUGAGCCCCUACCAGGGCCUUACUCGCAGGACAGGUACUAUCUCCGUCAUGACCAUCCUCCGCCAGCGGAACAACCUCCAGUCAUAGGACACCACCCAGAGAGAAACCCAGGCUCUUUGGGCUCCCCGCAGGUCAGCUUAGAUGCCGGGCUAGCUAUAGACCGGACACGGAUCGCCGAUCCUUAUGAGCCAGUCCCCAUGCAUACAAAGUCAGGGCUUACUGGCACCAGCGGCGUGAUUGCCGCUGGUGACCGCACCUUCAGACCAGCACCGAACGUCUCUUACCCGGAAGUUCGUCCUACUCACUAUGAUGAUCGUAGACCCCAUUUGGACCGUGUGCGGCCCGCAAUGCUUCAAGAAUCGCGCCUCCCUGUUUGGAGAGCCUUUACUGAUGCCGAUCGUUCUGUGGUCCAUUCUGCUUCCUCCGAUGGGAAGCUGUACGCUGACGACUUCGUUCGUCCCGUCGAUAUCCGGGAGGUUCGCCCAGUGCCAGUGGAAUACUAUGUCCAGCGGCCAAGACACCAACAACCCCCGCGUGUGGAAGAAACCCGUAGCCAGCCGGCGCGGACGAGGAUACCUGACCACUACGUGCCCAAGGAUCUGCCUCAUACCCAGGGUCCUACCGAACAGCGUCAUCCUCGAAGUCCACGGGUAGCGCCAGCUUCUCACGAGCAGGCAUACCGUCCUCCCAACACUGGAUCUAACCCCCGCGAUCCGCAUAGUAAACCCAGCGGCGCUUCUCGUGAAAGACGCCCUGGUAGCGGGCUCGGCGCGCCGCGACGCGUCCAUGACCCGCGGUUCUUCCAGAUGGUCGAGCAAAAUCGCCCGAUUUAUGUGCAACGCGUCGAAUCGCAGCCGCCGCAGUACACCGUCCCCGAGGGACGGCAUAUUGUAAUUGUGGAUUAA